AUGUUGCCUUUCAAUUACGAGGGAAUGUAUAUGGCGUCAGUCUGCCUGAAACGCUUGAGGGGAGGCUAUUACCAAACGCUGCAAGAUAUCCCACAAAGAACUAGUACUACUGCCGCCCCACGAAGAACUAGUAUUAAUGCCACCCCACAAAUAGCUAGUACUAAUGCCGCCCCACAAACAACUAGUACUGAUACUGCCCCACAAACAACUAGUACUAAUACUGCCCCACAAAGAACUAGUACUAAUACUGCCCCACAAAGAACUAGUACUAAUGCCGCCCCACAAACAACUAGUACUGUACUGCCCCCACCAAACAAAUUACUAAUACUGCCACAACAAUAG